AUGGCUUCCUGGACGAGCCCCUGGUGGCUGCUAGUAGGGAUGGUCUUCAUGCACUCUACCCUGCAGGAGACCACAGCUGAGAGAUCUCCUGGAGCCUAUUUCCUUCCCGAGUUUGCACUCUCUCCUCAGGGAAGUUUUCUGGAAGACACAACAGGGGAGCAGUUCCUCACUUACCGCUAUGACGACCAGACCUCAAGAAACACUCGUUCAGAUGAAGACAAAGAUGGCAACUGGGAUGCUUGGGGCGACUGGAGUGACUGCUCCCGGACCUGCGGGGGAGGAGCGUCAUAUUCUCUCCGGAGGUGUUUGACCGGAAGGAAUUGUGAAGGGCAGAACAUUCGUUACAAGACAUGCAGCAAUCAUGACUGCCCUCCAGAUGCAGAAGAUUUCAGAGCCCAGCAGUGCUCAGCCUACAAUGAUGUCCAGUAUCAGGGGCGUUAUUAUGAAUGGCUUCCACAAUAUAAUGAUCCUGCUGCGCCGUGUGCACUCAGGUGUCAUGCACGAGGACAAAACUUGGUGGUGGAGCUGGCACCUAAGGUACUGGAUGGAACUCGUUGCAACACGGACUCCUUGGACAUGUGUAUCAGUGGCAUCUGUCAGGCAGUGGGCUGUGAUCGGCAAUUGGGAAGCAAUGCCAAGGAGGACAACUGUGGAGUCUGUGCGGGUGAUGGCUCCACUUGCAGGCUUGUUCGAGGACAAUCGAAGUCACACGUUUCUCCUGAAAAAAGAGAAGAAAAUGUAAUAGCUGUUCCUUUGGGGAGUCGAAGUGUGAGAAUUACAGUGAAAGGACCUGCCCACCUCUUUAUUGAAUCAAAAACACUUCAAGGAAGCAAAGGAGAACACAGCUUUAACAGCCCUGGCGUCUUUGUUGUAGAAAACACAACAGUGGAAUUUCAGAGGGGCUCCGAGAGGCAAACCUUUAAGAUUCCAGGACCUCUGAUGGCUGAUUUCAUCUUCAAGACCAGGUACACUGCAGCCAAAGAUAGCGUGGUUCAGUUCUUCUUUUACCAGCCCAUCAGUCAUCAGUGGAGACAAACUGACUUCUUUCCCUGCACUGUGACAUGUGGAGGAGGUUAUCAGCUCAAUUCUGCUGAAUGUGUGGAUAUCCGCUUGAAGAGGGUAGUUCCUGACCAUUAUUGUCACUACUACCCUGAAAAUGUAAAACCAAAACCAAAACUGAAGGAAUGCAGCAUGGAUCCCUGCCCAUCAAGUGAUGGAUUUAAAGAGAUAAUGCCCUACGACCACUUCCAACCUCUUCCUCGCUGGGAACAUAAUCCUUGGACUGCAUGUUCCGUGUCUUGUGGAGGAGGGAUUCAGAGACGGAGCUUUGUGUGUGUAGAGGAAUCCAUGCAUGGAGAGAUAUUGCAAGUGGAAGAAUGGAAGUGCAUGUAUGCACCCAAACCCAAGGUUAUGCAAACUUGUAAUCUGUUUGAUUGCCCCAAGUGGAUUGCCAUGGAGUGGUCUCAGUGCACAGUGACUUGUGGCCGAGGGUUACGGUACCGGGUUGUUCUGUGUAUUAAUCACCGUGGAGAGCACGUUGGGGGCUGCAAUCCACAACUGAAAUUACACAUCAAAGAAGAAUGUGUCAUUCCCAUCCCGUGUUAUAAACCAAAAGAAAAAAGUCCAGUGGAAGCAAAAUUGCCUUGGCUGAAACAAGCACAAGAACUAGAAGAGACCAGAAUAGCAACAGAAGAACCAACGUGAGUCCAGGACCCUUGCCAUCAAGAAGCCAUAGCAGUGUGCUUACACAUCCAGACCCAGCAGACAGUCAAUGACAGCUUGUGUGAUAUGGUCCACCGUCCUCCAGCCAUGAGCCAGGCCUGUAACACAGAGCCCUGUCCCCCCAGGUGGCACAUGGGCUCUUGGGGGCCCUGCUCAGCUACCUGUGGAGUUGGAAUUCAGACCCGAGAUGUGUACUGCCUGCACCCAGGGGAGACCCCUGCCCCUCCUGAGGAGUGCCGAGAUGAAAAGCCCCAUGCUUUACAAGCAUGCAGUCAGUUUGACUGCCCUCCUGGCUGGCACAUUGAAGAAUGGCAGCAGUGUUCCAGGACUUGUGGCGGGGGAACUCAGAAUAGAAGAGUCACCUGUCGGCAGCUGCUAACAGAUGGCAGCUUUUUGAAUCUCUCAGAUGAAUUGUGCCAAGGACCUAAGGCAUCGUCUCACAAGUCCUGUGCCAGGACAGACUGUCCUCCACAUUUAGCUGUGGGAGACUGGUCGAAGUGUUCUGUCAGUUGUGGUGUUGGAAUCCAGAGAAGAAAGCAGGUGUGUCAAAGGCUGACAGCCAAAGGCCGGCGCGUCCCCCUCAGUGAGAUGAUGUGCAGGGAUCUACCAGGGCUCCCUCUUGUAAGAUCUUGCCAGAUGCCUGAGUGCAGUAAAAUCAAAUCAGAGAUGAAGACAAAACUUGGUGAGCAGGGUCCUCAGAUCCUCAGUGUCCAGAGAGUCUACAUUCAGACAAGGGAAGAGAAGCGUAUUAACCUGACCAUUGGUAGCAGAGCCUAUUUGCUGCCCAACACAUCCGUGAUUAUUAAGUGCCCAGUGCGACGAUUCCAGAAAUCUCUGAUCCAGUGGGAGAAGGAUGGCCAUUGCCUGCAGAACUCCAAACGGCUUGGCAUCACCAAGUCAGGCUCACUAAAAAUCCACAGUCUUGCCACCCCUGACAUUGGCGUGUACCGGUGCAUUGCAGGCUCUGCACAGGAAACCGUUGUGCUCAAGCUCAUUGGUACUGACAACCGGCUCAUCGCACGCCCAACCCUCAGGGAGCCUAUGAGGGAAUAUCCUGGGAUGGACCACAAUGAAGCCAAUAGUUUGGGAGUCACAUGGCAUAAAAUGAGGCAAAUGUGGAAUAACAAAAAUGGCCUUUAUCUGGAUGAUGACUACAUUAGUAACCAGCCUUUCUUGAGAGCUCUGUUAGGCCACUGCAGCAGUUCUGCAGGAAACACCAACUCCUGGGAGUUGAAGAAUAAGCAGUUUGAAGCAGCAGUUAAACAAGGAGCAUAUAGCAUGGAUACAGCCCAGUUUGAUGAGCUGAUAAGAAACAUGAGUCAGCUCAUGGAAACCGGAAAGGUCAGCGAUGAUCUUGCAUCCCAACUAAUAUAUCAGCUGGUGGCCGAAUUAGCCAAGGCACAGCCAACACACAUGCAGUGGUGGGGCAUCCAGGAAGAGACGCCUCCUGCUGCUCAGCUCAGGAGGGAAACAGGAAGUGUGUCCCAAAGCUCGAAUGCAAAAAACUCAAGCAAGCUGACAUUCAAGCCGAAAAGACCUGUUCUCAUGAGGCAAAGCCAACCUCCCUCAAUUUCAUUUAAUAAAACGAUAAAUUCCAGGAUUGGAAAUACAGUAUACAUUACAAAAAGUACAGAGGUCAUCAAUAUACUGUGUGACCUUAUUAACCCUGGUGAGGCCACAUAUACAUGGACCAAGGAUGGGACCUUGUUACAGCCCUCAGUAAAAAUAAUUUUGGAUGGAACUGGGAAGAUACAGAUACAGAAUCCUACAAGGAAAGAACAAGGCAUAUAUGAAUGUUCUGUAGCUAAUCAUCUUGGUUCAGAUGUGGAAAGUUCUUCUGUGCUGUAUGCAGAGGCACCUGUCAUCUUGUCUAUUGAAAGAAAUAUCACCAAACCAGAGCACAACCAUCUGUCUGUCAUGGUUGGAGGCAUUGUGGAGGUAGCCCUUGGAGCAAACGUGACAAUCCGAUGUCCUGUAAAAGGUGUCCCUCAGCCUAAUAUAACUUGGUUGAAGAGAGGAGGAUCUCUGAGUGGCAAUGUUUCCUUGCUUUUCAAUGGAUCCCUAUUGUUGCAGAAUGUUUCCCUUGAAAAUGAAGGAACCUACGUCUGCACAGCCACCAAUGCUCUUGGAAAGGCAGUGGCAACAUCUGUACUCCACUUGCUGGAACGAAGAUGGCCAGAGAGUAAAAUUGUAUUUCCCCAAGGACAUAAAAAGUACGUUCUCCAGGCAACCAACACCAGAACCAACAGCAAUGACCCAACAGGAGAACCCCUGCCUCAAGAACCUUUUUGGGAGCCUGGUAACUGGUCACAUUGUUCUGCCACCUGUGGUCAUUUGGGAGCCCGUAUUCAGAGACCCCAGUGUGUGAUGGCCAAUGGGCAGGAAGUGAGUGAGGCCUUGUGUGAUCACCUCCAGAAGCCACUGGCUGGGUUUCAGCCCUGUAACAUCUGGGACUGCCCAGCGAGGUGGUUCACAAGCAUGUGGUCACAGUGCUCUGUGUCUUGCGGUGAAGGAUACCACAGUCGGCAGGUGAUGUGCAAGCAGACAAAAGCCAAUGGAACUGUGCAGGUGGUGUCUGCAAGAGCAUGUGCCCCUAAAGACAGGCCUCUGGGAAGAAAACCAUGUUUUGGUCAUCCGUGUGUUCAGUGGGAACCAGGGAACCAGUGUCCUGGACGUUGCAUGGGCCAUGCCGUGAGGAUGCACCAGCAUCACACAGCUUGUCAACACAACGGCUCUGACUCCAACUGUGAUGACAGAAGGAGACCCACCUUUAGAAGGAACUGCACAUCAGGGGCCUGUGAUGUGUGUUGGCACACAGGCCCUUGGAAGCCCUGUACAGCAGCCUGUGGCAGGGGCCUCCAGUCUCGGAAAGUCGACUGUAUCCACACAAGGAGUUGCAAACCUGUGGCCGAGAGACACUGUGUGCAGAAAAAGAAACCAGUUUCCUGGCGGCACUGUCUUGGGCCUUCCUGUGAUAGAGACUGCACAGACACAACUCACUACUGUAUGUUUGUAAAACAUCUUAAUUUGUGUUCUCUAGACCUCUACAAACAAAGGUGCUGCCAGUCAUGUCAAGAGGGAUAA